UCUGACUGUAUUUCCGAUCACGAGGCUGUAUAUGUUGCGCAAAGUGAAAGUUAGAAAAAGGGAGUAACAUAGUUAGGAGUGAUUGAUUAUUAAACUCUACACUGCAUGCGCUUGUCUGAUCGACAAAAGAAACAGUGGGCUUUAAAUAUUUCACGCUGAUCUUUUUAGAAAGCUGAAAAAUAAACACUGUAUCCACGGACAAAGCCGUUGCCUGCCACCUGAACAGCCCACGGUCUUAUUUAAACUGAAUAUCUUGCUGCUGCCUAUGAUACAUUCCCAGAGCAAGUGGAGUGCCAUUCUGUAUCCUGCAUUGCAAAUGGCUGCUUCAGUUCUGCUGCUGUGCACGCUGUGUGCUGGAGCCUCUACAGGGAGCCUCACUGCUGGACUGACCGCACCCCGCCCCGCAGACAGCUGUUAUGACUGGGGUACGUAUGGGACCAUGCAGGUGUACGAGGGGGAGGCCGGGAGGCUGAGGUGUCCGCUGUACUCCAACACCAUGAAGUAUAAUUACAGCACUGCCCAGGCGGCAGGACUCACUCUGGUCUGGUAUUGGACCAGGCAGAACCAGGACCUGGAAGAGCCCAUCAACUUUCGCCUCAAAGACCACCGGAUCAGCAAAGAAAGGGACAUGCUGUGGUUCCGGCCUGCUUCUGUCAACGACACCGGAGCCUACAUCUGCAUGCUGAGAAACAACACUCACUGCUACAAGAUCGCUGUUCCACUGAUCAUCCUUCAGAAGGAUCCUGGCUCCUGUGUCAGCAGACACGUCCAGCCUGACAGCAAAAUGAUCCCUCUGGAGCAGGAUGAAGAGCUGUCCUGUCCCAAUAUUGAAGGGUAUUACCCGGCACAAGAAAAGCCUCCGAUCAGCUGGUACAGAAACUGUCUACCAGUGGAGUCCUACAGUGAGAGGCAAGUCGUGUACAACAAAAUAUAUUUUAACAUAAUAAGAUCAACCCAUGCUGGGAACUACACCUGCAUUGUGAACUAUACUGCAAAUGGAAUCGCUUCCACUCUAACAAGGACCACAUUUGUCAAGGUAGUAGGCCCAUCUGUUUUGCAAAAGAAACCUAUCAUCCACAACCCUAACGACCAGCGCCAUAUUAUCGUGAAACUGGGUGCCCUGACCAACUUGUCCUGCCAGGUGUUUUUUCACUUUCUGAUGAACUCCGAGACUGAGGUGUGGUGGACCAUCGACGGGAAGAGAGAGGAAGCCUUCACAGAUCCCCGGUUUCAGAUCUACACCAGUGUUGAGUCUACAGAACUGGAGGAUAAGAUGAUAACAAAGACUCUGCAAAUCAAGGAGUUCAGCUUGCAGGAUGUGAAGCGGAACUACACCUGCUUCGCACGAAACGCCGUCGGAGAAGAGAGAAGACAGGCCAUUCUGAGCUUGACAACUCCCAUGCCCACAGUAGAACUGGCCUGUGGUCUAGGGGUCAUCCUGUUCCUCAUGAUCUCGCUCUUCAUUGUCUAUCACGUGUACUGGCUGGAGCUGGUCCUGCUGUACCGGGCUCACUUCGGAACAGAUGAAAGUGUCACAGAUGGAAAGGAGUAUGAUAUCUACAUUUCUUACGCACGGAAUGCAGAUGAGGAGGAGUUUGUUCUGCUCACGCUCCGGUCUGUUCUGGAAAACGAGUUUGGCUACAAAUUGUGCAUCUUUGACAGGGACAGUCUACCCGGGGGCAAUGCAGCGGAGGCAGUGUUGAGGUUUAUUCAGCGUAGCCGCAUACUGAUGGCCAUCCUGAGUCCAGAUUAUGUGAAUGAAAAGAGCAUCAGCAUGCUGGAGUUCAGACUCGGGGUUCUCUGUCAAAACACAGGUGACACCAAGAUCAUCGUCAUCAAUUACAAACCCGCCGACUCCCCCUGCGCUGAGCUCCUACAGCUCAAACAAACAGCUUUCAUCAAGUGGAAGGGGAAGAAAUCCAAGAGCCCCCAGUCCAAAUUCUGGAAGGCGCUACGCCUGGCCCUCCCUUUGAGAACCUUGGCUGCGGGCAUCCGCUUGAUAGACAGCUCCUCCUCCCAUUCGGACAUCAGCGUGGAUCGGCGUCCAGCUAGAAAGGAGGCGGGCAAGAAAACGAGGCAGAGCGUCGCCUCGAAGCCUGCACAGAGCUCCAGCACGAAACCCAGAAGAGGAGCCUCUCCUUGCAUGCCCUGCAGGGUUUGUGUGACCUACCUGGACAAUGAGAAAGUGGAUCAUUGCCUGAGCUGUGGAGCCUCACAGCCAGGAUGGCAGAGCCACCUCUCCAGAACCAAGAGCCUUGGCACUGAAAUCAGCUGGACUCACAUGAGACCUAAACUAGACUUCCAGCAACACAGGGCCCCAGCUCACAGACAUGCUCACCACUGCUCCCCUGCCUGCCUUAUCCAAUCAAAGAGGCAGCUGUGUUCUUUAGCAGGUAGACAGGAACAGUCUUUGUAGGACGAAUCUGCAAUAUAGUCUUUUUUUAUUUAAAAUAUGACUGUAAACUAGUCUGAAUUCAUGUGGAAUGGGCAUUUUGCCUAUUUGUUUUAAAGAAAAGCCUUUGGAUUUAGGUGUACAUGUACAGGUACAGGAUACUAAUUGAUAAAAUAAAGGUUUAUCAGUUAUUGAAAUGGAACUCAAAAUGGGAUUCGUU